AUGCGCCGUUUCGUCCAGUACGCGGAGGAUCACGGCGCCCCUGUGGCCCCGGCGCAGAAGAGACAGAAAGUUCCUACAGCCAACGCAACGACCGAAGACGGUCAAACAAGCUCCAGCUCCCAGGCACGGGCCUGCCCUCCUGCAAGCACGCUGUCGGCGACUUUGGAAGGAUUCACAUUUCAACCGCAGCCAUCUCCCGUGCGCGCACAAUACAGACCGUCUGAAGCCGGCGGUCAGCCAGACGUCACGAAAGCUGGCGCUGCUGGUACAGUUCCGUGUCACGGUGCUUGUGGAUCGCAAAGCGGAGUUCCCCACGAACAGCCUGAGCUGGGCUUCGGACUCCUCCGAACUCUUCAGAAUCCGCUGAUCCAAAGACCAGACCUUUCACAGCUGCAAGCUCCCUGCUCAGCUGCCGCAAUGCAGCCUUGUGGUCAGGCGCCAGCAGCUUCAACAGCAUACAUUCAGGAUCGCACCCAACAGCCCUUUCAACACGAGUUGUGCGUCCAGCAGCAGCAGCAGCAGCAGCAGCAGGGUCGUCUGCAGGCUUCACAGCCCGCACAGGCACUCUCGUGGAGCUGUGGAAUGCAGUACUCGCAGCCACGACCUCUGCAGCAGCUGCAGCCCUCACAGCCACAGUGGUUCAGCGGCAACGUGCUGCCACAGCAGUCGCAGCCGUCGCCACACCAUCAGCACCAGGCUCCGCAACCACGGCCGGCCCCGCAGCCGCCGCAGCGCCAACCUCCGAAGGGAGGUCCAAGCCCAGCAGAAGCUUGGAAGAGCCGGCUCGCUGUUGAUGAUGCCGUGAGGGACUUCGAUGGUGACUUCGAGGUUGAGCUCCUGGGACGCGAAGGCUUCAUGCUUCGGACCUCGAAGAAGUUGCCAGGAAAGGCCUACGCAGCCUUGCGGCAGUGGCCCGGGGCGAAAACUCAGACGAAGAGGCUCCACUUCGAGUCCUCCUCGUACAAAGCUGUGCUGCAGCGGUUGCUGGACCUACAGGGACCUGCAAAGGUGCAACUGCCGCCGCACUGGGUACUUGCAGCAGUACCGAACUUCCGCAACUUCGGUAGAGUUCAGGUCACGAAGAAGGUUGCUCAUGUUCUACUUGCGGAUAUGACGGGGAAGGCCCUGCCCGAAGGUGCGGCCAGCCGGGAAGGCCACGAGGUGCUCCCAUACCAAAGAGAGGCGGUGAACUUUGCGCUUCGGCGUGGGGGCCGGGUGCUGCUGGCCGACGAGAUGGGCCUGGGCAAAACAGCCCAGGCCCUGACACUGUGCUCCCAAUUUCCAAGCGACUUCCCAUUGCUCGUGGUUUGCCCGUCCUCCUUGCGUGGGAAUUGGCGAGAAGAGGCCUCGCGGUGGCUGCCGUCAUCGAUCGUGUCAAACCCGGAUCGUCACAUCCAGGUGGUGCGGAAGGGCUCAGACAAGCUUCGCCGCGAGGCACGGGUGGUGAUUGUCAGCUACGACCUGAUAGCUCAGCAGGAAGCCUUUCAGCAGUCGGCCCACGGCAAGAAGUACCGUGUGGUCAUUUGUGACGAAGCUCAUUUCCUCAAGACGCCGUCGUCUCAGCGAUCCAAGGCGCUUCGCCCGAUCCUCCAGGAGACUCGGCGAUGUGCCCUCCUCACGGGAACGCCUGCCCUGGCGAAGGCCUCAGAGCUCUACUCGCUUUUAGACUGCCUGCUGCCGGGCGUGCUGCCGACUCACAACGAGUUCUGCAAAAGGUAUUGCAAUGAGAAGACGCUGCGGCUUGGCAAGCGGCAUGUGAAGCAGUGGGAAGGCUGUCGCCUGGGAGACGAGCUCUACGCAGUCCUCGAUGCUGUCAUGGUCCGACGCUUCAAGAAGGAGGUGCUGAGCCAGCUCCCGGCGAAGCGCCGGCAGCGCGUGGUCUUGGACAGGCUGAGCAAUGAGCAAGGUGUGCUGAAAGAGCUUCGGGAGAAAAUGAGCACCUUCGGUCGUCAGCCUGAAGAAGGAGAUCUCCAGGGCGGCAAGAAUGGUGCCGCUGCUACGGAGCUUUUCAGGCUCACUGGCCUCGCCAAAGUGGAUGCAGUCGCAGAAUAUGUCCAGUACUUGGUGGAGGCUGAGUGCCGUUUCCUGCUGUUUGCACAUCACCAAGCGGUGAUGGACACCUUACAGCAGAAGCUCGAGAAGUUGAAAGCAGGAUUUAUCCGUAUCGAUGGCAAGACUCCUUCGCACCAGCGAGAGCAGUUGGUGAACGAGUUUCGCUCGAAUCCGGCCAAGCAGGUGGCUUUGCUGUCGAUUACGGCGUGCGGACAAGGCCUCAACCUGCAGGUUUGCUCGACCGUGGUCUUUGCGGAGCUGCAUUGGACGCCAGGGACGCUGCUUCAGGCUGAAGACCGAGCCCAUCGAAUGGGCCAGCAAGAGUCCGUGAAUGUCCACUACCUCAUUGCCAAAGACACCCUGGAUGUUUCCAGGUUGCAAGCCGUUCCCAUUCGUCAAGAUAGAUCUUCCGAUUUUGAGUCGCCCAUCGCUUUGUCCACGAAUCAACACAGGAAAGCGUAUACCAGAUGCUGGAACGAAAGCAGCACGAUGUGGGUGUCAUGGUCGAUGGGCAGGCACAGUCCCAGAAGCACUUGCAUGUGCUCAGACAAUGUACCCGUGUACAAGUACAGGCAGCGGUGUGCAGUGGCACUCUUUGGCACCGGCACGUGUGGCGAACCCGUAGCGUCUGUGUUUUACGCUCGUUUAACAGCGAGCACGGCGUGCACGAAAAAGCAGAAGGGGGGAGCACCUCAAUCUAACUGUGUAUCUGCAGUGAUUGUUUAUAGCGACACCGACAUCUUUCCCUUUACAUGCUUCACAGCGGCUGCUGGUGCUAGCAUACGAUGUCGGAAUACAUUUUUGAUCCAAGACAUUGCGGUGUUCACAAUAGUUUCUGUGCAACAGACUGCGGACACAAGAGACAUGAGCGUUGGCGGGUUUCUAUGUGUUUAUUUUCGGGACGAAGGAGAGAAAGGCACGUCAGAAAGAAAGAAAGAAAGAAAGAAGGGACCGCAGAGGGAAAGAAGGAAAGGCACGAAAGAAAGGAAGGAAGCAAUGAAGGAAGGACAAAAGAAAGGAAGAACGAAGGAAAGAAAUAAAUAA